GGUUGUGGGUCGGUUGUAGAAGGACGUCUUGGUCACAUCAUACGAGAGGGAAGUUCAAAAGCAUGGGUAAGACAGAUGGUGACUCCGUAGAGCUAACAUCACCCACUGAGGGGCGCCAGGCAGUGCCUAUGGAGAUAUCUUGCCCUGCCUCUGAAGAGAGCAAGAAGAAUCAAGAGACUGAAGACAGAGGAACAUGGAAAGGAAAAUUUGACUUUCUCCUGUCCUGUGUGGGAUAUGCCAUUGGACUUGGCAACGUAUGGCGCUUCCCAUAUCUGUGUGGGAAGAAUGGUGGAGGUGCUUUCCUCAUCCCCUAUUUCCUUACGCUAGUUUUCGCUGGAAUUCCAUUGUUCUUCCUGGAGACAGCUCUUGGUCAGUUUACCUCCAUUGGAGGACUAGGAGUUUGGAAGCUGGCGCCAAUGUUUAAAGGAGUGGGUAUGGCCGCCGUGGUCCUGUCUUUCUGGCUUAAUGUAUAUUACAUCGUUAUCAUCGCCUGGGCUCUAUAUUAUCUCUUCAACUCUUUCUCAUCGACUCUACCUUGGCAAAGUUGUGAUAACAGCUGGAAUACCGAAAGAUGUUUCUCCAACUAUUCCCUGAAUGAUACCACUAACCUCACCAGCGCCGUCACAGAAUUUUGGGAGAGAAACAUGCAUCAAAUUACAGGAGGACUCGGAGAGCCGGGGACCAUUCGCUGGCCACUGGCCUGCACACUGGCCUUGUCAUGGGUCUUGGUUUAUUUCUCCAUCUGGAAAGGAGUGGAAUGGACUGGGAAGGUCGUGUAUUUCUCGGCUACUUACCCUUACUUCAUGCUCGUGAUCCUUUUUUUUCGGGGGAUCACACUCCCUGGGGCGAUGGACGGCAUACGUUUCUACAUCACUCCAGACUUCACCAGAUUAGCCGAAUCUCAGGUUUGGAUGGAUGCAGCCACACAAAUCUUCUUUUCUUAUGGAUUAGGUCUGGGAUCUUUGAUUGCACUGGGAAGUUACAACUCCUUCCAUAACAACGUGUAUAGGGACUCCAUAAUCGUCUGCAGCGUAAACUCAUUCACCAGCAUGUUUGCCGGAAUAGUAAUUUUCUCCAUCGUUGGAUUCAUGUCGAAUAUAACCAAGAAACCCAUCCAGGAGUUGGCCGCAUCAGGCCCAGGGCUGGCUUUCCUGGCAUAUCCACAAGCAGUUACACAACUGCCUAUGUCCCCGAUAUGGUCCAUUCUCUUCUUUUCCAUGCUGGUAAUGCUGGGCCUUGAUAGCCAGUUCUGUACGGUGGAAGGGUUCAUCACUGCGCUGGUGGACGAAUAUCCUCAGCUUCUAAGGAGCAGGAAGAAAAUAUUCAUUGCGGCCGUGUGCUUUGUCUCCUUUAUAGUUGGGUUCUCCAACAUCACACAGGGAGGAAUUUAUGUUUUCAAGCUUUUUGACUAUUACUCUGCCAGUGGGAUGUGCCUCCUUUUCCUGGUCUUCUUCGAGACGGUGUCCAUAUCGUGGUGUUACGGUGUGGACCGGUUUUAUCAGGACAUUGAAGAAAUGAUUGGUUACCAGCCCUGCUCUUGGUGGAAACUCUGUUGGGCAUACUUCACUCCUUUUGUGUGUCUGGGAGUUUUCAUUUUCAGUGCAGUGGAGAUGACUCCCUUGACCCUCGGCCAAUAUGUCUACCCGGCAUGGGGUCAGGGAAUCGGUUGGCUCAUGGCGAUGUCCUCUAUGGUGCUGAUCCCUGGAUACAUGCUCUAUCUGUUCCUCAGCUCCUCAGGCACCGUAAGCCAGCGUUUUCACGACAUGAUACAACCGCGGAUAGAGAAAGUAAUGCAGAAAAAUGGAUUACGUCCUCGGAUCAGUCUGGACGGCAACAUACGAGAAACCCCAGGAAUUUGAUUUCAUUCUUGAAUCCAGG